UGAGCCAUUGGGGGUGGAGAGGGGUAGGCCAGCAACCGGGAAAUGCUGAGGGCGCUGGGGGAGGGAGUUCAGGGGUUAAAAGGCAUGGGUCGGGGCUGAAGUUGGAGGCAGCUGGCUGCGGACGCUCUUCACCCAGGCCCCUCACCCAGGCCCCUCCCGCCCUGCCGCCCACCCGGGAUCCGCCAUGUGGUCCCUGGCCACUGCGAUCGCCUUCCUGACCAUGACCUUGUCAGGCGGCUUCUGUCAGGAGUAUUCCAAGAUUCUCAAAGGCAUCAAUGGGACCAAAGGGUUUCUCCCCGGUGGCUACACCUGCCCCCGCCACUCUCAGCCCUGGCAGGCAGCCCUGAUGGUACAGGGGCGGCUGCUCUGUGGGGGGGUCCUCAUCCACCCCAAAUGGGUCAUCACAGCAGCACACUGUCUGAAAGACGGGUACAGAGUUUACCUGGGCAAGCACACCCUGUGGCAUCUGGAGGCCGGAGAGCAGGUGAGGGAUGUGGUGCGCUCUUUCCCCCACCCCCAGUACCAGAGCAGCCCCACCCACCUGAACCACGACCACGACAUUAUGCUUCUGGAGCUGCAGUCCCCAGUCCAGCUCACAAGCCACAUCAGCACCCUGCCUCUCUUCCACAGCGACUGCCUCCCCACUGGCACCUGCUGCCGGGUGUCCGGCUGGGGCACCACCACCAGCCCUGAGGUGAGUUACCCACAAACCUUGCAGUGUGCCAACAUCCAGCUACGCUCCGAUGAGGAAUGUCGUCAAGUCUACCCCGGCAGGAUCACACCCAACAUGCUGUGUGCUGGCACACAGGAGGGCGGCAAGGACUCCUGCGAGGGUGACUCCGGAGGCCCCCUGGUCUGUAACGGGACACUCUAUGGCAUCAUCUCCUGGGGAGACUUCCCAUGCGGGCAGCCCAACCGGCCUGGCGUCUACACCCGAGUCUCUCAAUACAUUUCCUGGAUCCAAAACACAAUCCGAAAACAGAAAACUCAGGAGAAGAAAUGGACAAAGGGCCUGCAAUAAAAGUCGGGUUGACUGACCCGCCUCCUUCCCCA